GCCCUCGAAGGUAAGAUUCCCGACAACGACACGCACGGCACACACGAAAUGGCCGACACCAAGACCGCCCCCACCAACCCCAUGCGAGAGCUCCGCAUCGAGAAGCUCGUCAUCAACAUCUCCGUUGGCGAGUCCGGUGAUCGCUUGACGCGAGCCUCGAAAGUCCUGGAGCAGCUCACGGGUCAGACGCCCGUGACCUCCAAGGCGCGCUACACCGUGCGCACGUUCGGCAUCCGUCGCAACGAAAAGAUCGCCGUGCAUGUCACCAUCCGCGGCCCCAAGGCCGAGGAGAUCCUCGAGCGCGGCCUGAAGGUCAAGGAGUACGAGCUCCGCCGCCGCAACUUCUCCGAGACCGGCAACUUUGGCUUCGGUAUUCAGGAGCACAUCGAUCUCGGUGCCCGGUACGACCCUGGUAUUGGUAUCUUUGGCAUGGAUUUCUACGUCGUCAUGGGCCGGCCAGGGAACCGUGUUGCGAAGAGGAGGGAAAGGACUGCGCGGAUUGGUCCUCAGCACCGGGUGAAGAAGGACGACACGAUGGCCUGGUUCAAGCAGCGAUUCGACGGUAUCAUCCUCAAAUGAUCGUCUCGCUUUUUGUUGUCUUCACUCGCUCUCCUAUGACUUAUAUCGUUACGCCAUGUACCAUGCAUGCCAUCCAAAAUGCACUCCAUUUUUCUCUCGGG